AUGGCGGGAAGAAGCAGAGCCGUGAAAGAAGAGAGAGGGAAGAAGACUGAGAGAGCCUGCUUUCGUGCUUCCCGUCGCUCCACCGUCGCAGUCGCCCCGCUAUCGCCGCCGUCGUGCCGUUGCCACUUGACUUGCCACAUUGAUAUGGAACCUAACAAUCAUGAGAAUGACGGGGGUCAGUGUGAUUGGAAGCCUAGAGUUCGCAUGACAUUUGAUACAGAACAAGAAGCAACCGAAAUAGAUUUAGCUGAAAAAUCUAGAAUCCGUCUUAAUGCUACAUUUGAGCUCUUGGGUAAUGAAGUUGGUGGAAGGGAGUCACUUGGGUUCACAAAACUGGACCAAAAAAAUUAUUUGAGAACGAAGAGGCAAAACAGUUUAGCAUAUGGGGAGGCAGGUAGCAUUUUGCAAUAUUUUUGUGACAAAUCAUUGGAGAAUCCAUCUUUUUUUUACUCGGUCCAAUUAGAUAACGAGGAGCAGAUUACGAACAUUUUUUGGGCCGAUGCUCAGAUGAUCAUGGAUUAUGGGCAAUUUGGUGAUGUUGUGACUUUCGACACUACUUACAAGUUAAAUAGUGCACAUAGACCCUUUGCGUCUUUUGUUGGAUUGAACCAUCAUAGGGAAACUGUGGUAUUUGGUGCAGCUUUGAUGUAUGAUGAGACCGCCGAUUCUUUUGUAUGGCUUUUUAGAAGAUUCUUGGAGGCAAUGUCAAGUAAGGCUCCAAAAACAAUUUUUAUAGAUCAGGAUGCUGCAAUGGCUAAGGCCAUACCUGUUGUCAUGCCUAACACAACCCACCGCCUUUGCACUUGGCAUUUGAUGCAAAAUGCAUUAAGGCAUGCAAAUUCUAUCUUCAAGGAUAAGGCGACGGUGAAGGAUAAGGGGAUGAAGAGUGUUUUAUCCACGUUUAUGUACGACAUUGAGGAUGAGGAAGAGUUUACGUUAAAAUGGGAGGAAAUGCUUGACAAGUAUGAAGUAAGAGAUAAUCAUUGGUUGAAGUUAACAUUUGGGGUGAAGGAAAAGUGGGGUUGGCCAUAUGUUAGAAAUGCAUGGGGUGCGGGCAUGAGUAGCACCCAACUUAGUGAAUCCUUUAAUGCUUUCUUGAAGGAUUUCAUUCAGUCUGAUCAUAACUUAAUGCAAUUUUUCAUGCAUUUUGAUCGAGUUCUGUCUGAGAAGAGGUACAAAGAGUUACAAGCCGAAUAUGCUCUAUGCCAAAAGUUGCCAAGGGUGAAUAUUAAAGUGAAGAUUAUGGAGCAAGCUGCAGAUGUUUACACAAAUAAAAUAUUUGAAGAAUUUCAGGAUGAGUAUGUCAAGUCCCUUGAAGUAAACAUUGAAGAAAUUGAAAAUGAUGGUGACAGUACCGUUUAUACGGUUCUUGAUAGUGAUGGUAUAAAGGUGAGGAAGGUGAGACAGGAGUGUGAUGAUUUAGUCAGUUGCAGUUGUAGAAAGUUUGAAAUGAAGGGCAUUUUGUGUAGUCAUUGUUUGAAGAUCCUUAGAGAAAGACUCAAAUUCAAAGAGAUUCCUUCACAAUAUAUUCUGAAGAGAUGGACUAAAAAAGCAAGAUCUGAAAAUGUGAAAGAUAGGUGUGGACAUGAUAUUCAAGUUGAUGUAAGAUUGCAUCAAACUUCACGUUAUAGACCAUUCCAUCCCAUACCAUUAAUGCACCUCAACAAUAUAGCAUCAUGGCAAGGAAUAAAAGUUGCUGUGAAAAAACUUGGGGAGGAAGUGACUGCUGAUGAGGAUAAAGUGAGGGCUUUCAGAGAUGAGCUUGAAUUGCUUCAGAAGAUAAGACAUGAUCCUUUCACUCAACUGACAUGA